UAUAUGUAACACGGCGUUUGCAAGUUUAAUUACUCGCGUGGACGGAAUGUACAUAAGAACAGAGAUGGAGAAAAUCAUCACAGCGGUUACAUUAACAUUCUCAAUUACCUUUCUUUCUUUAUACAUGGACAGCAUCAAUGCAGCACAAGUGCAAAAUGAAGGAAUGUUCAAAAGAACAAAAUGGUUGAAAGGUUUGGAUACCUCUCAGCUAAACUAUGGAGUAGCAGUCUCAGAUGUAGAUAACGAUGGAUCUCUGGAAUGGAUCGUUGCGGGUUUUAGUGGACCUAAUUUUGUGCUGAAAUACAACGCUACAACCAAACGUCUAGUCAAUCUUGCAAAACAAGAUCAGAGAUUUAGUGCAAUAGGUGAUGUUGGUGGUCAAGCAAUUGGUGUCUGUGCGUGUGACAUUGAUGGAGAUGGACGAGAGGAAAUUUAUUUUCUGAAUACAAAUAAUGCAUAUGCUGGUCGUGCCGAUUACGGAGAUUCGUUGUUCAAAUGGAGAAAUGGUAGGUACGUCAAUUUAUAUUCUGAUCCAGUCAACUCAAGAAUGGAUGCAAAGAGUUUUGCUGGUCGAUCAGUCGCUUGCAUUGACAGACUUGGGACUGGAAAAUACUCCAUCAUUAUUGCAACUUACUCUCAGGGAGGUACCGGUAACUUUGCUUUAGUGGAGAUGGAUGAAAAUCAUCCGAGCAACAACGUUAGGUCCGGAAAUAUUGUUCUAAAAAAUGUAGCAAGUAUUGCAAACAUCAAUAAAGCCACUGGUGGAAGAGGUCUUGUCGUAGGGCCUAUUUUAGGAAACAAUGGAAAAUCUGACAUAUUCUUUGGAAAUGAAGGUAACCCAUGGAUGGGUAAUCCCGGAGACAAUUUUUUAUUCAAAAAUCUUGGGAAUGGAUCAUUUGAAGAUGUUGCUGAACAGGCAGAAAUUCAGGAUAAAUAUAAUAAUGCAAGGGGGAUAAGUUUAGGCGACUUUAAUAGAGAUGGAUUACUGGACAUAGCAUACGGCAAUUGGGCAGGUCCACAUAGACUUUUUAUGCAAUAUAAAUCAGCCAAAGGGAUGAGGAAAUUUAAGAAUGUUGCUACAGGAGAUUAUGCUGUUCCAACAAAAAUUCGCACAGUUAUUGCCGCCGAUUUUGACAAUAACGGGGACACUGACAUAUUCAUGAACAACAUCUGCAGCCACCGAAAUCCAAAUGACAGGGAGCCAAAUAAAUUAUUCACUGUUGUGCCUAAUCCGUCUAAUAACAGUAAUGAUCCUGUCAUCCGAAAAAUUGAUAUCGGACAGGCCAAAGAGCCUAGGGGGUUCGGGACGGGGGCAGCGGUAACGGACAUGGAUGGAGAUGGAUUGCUAGACCUUCUUGUGUCACAUGGGGAAAGCAAAACACAGCCAUUACAAGUCUAUAAGGUAAAUCGUCAACUUGCCAGAAAUGCGACCGGGAGAAAAAAUAACUGGGUUAGGGUGUUCCCCCGCACCAAAUACGGAGCACCGGCCCGAGGGGCCCACGUAAAAUUAACUACCCGGUCUGGUAGGGUUUACAGCAGUGUCAUUGAUGGAGGAUCUGGGUAUCUCUGCCAAAUGGAGCCCAUCGCGCACUUUGGGAUCGGGGAGGACAAACCCCAAAGACUUGAAGUUCAGUACCCAGAUGGGGUUAUCGUAACGGUCUCUUUGAGGAAGUCAGACAAAAAUAAAAUUCAUUUUGUGGACCAUCCUAAUAAAGUGCAUCAAUAGUCCAGACACAGUGUGUAAAAAAAAUAUAUGAAAUAUAAAACAUGACUGAAUCUCAAAUUUUUUUAAAUAUUAUAAUUAUUAUGAUUAAUAUUUAUAUUUUACUUUUACAACUUUAACUGUUUUGCAAUAAAAUUGCCA